GUGAAGCGCCCGCAAAACGCAAAACGCAAGACGCACGAAGAAACGCUCGCAAGGGAGGCACGCAGCCGUUUGCCGUUAACCGUUUACCGUUAGUCAGCUGUUUCCGUUCCGCCGCGAAAUCGAAAAUCUCGAGAAUUUUUGCGUUGUUCAAAUUUUUUUGCAAGUGAGAAUCUUGAACAACAAGAGGAAGCAUACAAAUAUAUAUAAAUAUAUAUGAGGAAAUCAUAUAGGAAAACCAAGAAAUCGCAGAAAAGCUGAAAGUGCAAAGUGCUCAAAAAAAGGAAGAAAAGAAAAAUAUACACACAACUAAAUACUGGAAUAUAAGGAAGCAGAAAAGAAGAAAAUUAUUCAAAGAGGAGCCGAAUUUCGCGCUUUGUUUUUGUUUUGCCAAAUUUGCCGCCGGCACACACGUGCUAUUCCCCUCUCGCUCGCACCUGCCCCCAGCCUUUAUGUGCGUUUACCGUUAAGUGUGUAGGUGGGGUUAACCCGCUCCUCUUUAUCUCUCUCUCUCUCGCUUCCACGUACACCCCUACACACACACACUCACACUCGCGUCUCGAACACACACGCACGCGGGACUUAACCCACUGACGCCCCCCAAAAGGCAAACGCAACCAACUCUUAACCCCCCCAAAAAAAAACUCCAUCCCCCGGCAUCAAGAUAUUCGACAACAAAAUUCUCACCGAGGCCUCAAAAGCGCCCCUGAGGGCCGUCGCACUGGCGUCAUUUCUGGGCGACGGGUUCGCCGCCCUCGGUAGCCGCGCCCCCCCGCCCAAGGACCAUCUGAUGGCGUUCGGGGCGGUCCUACACACCAGCCAGCACAAUAUCGGUCGCAGUGAACCGCCCGUGGGCGUUGGCGAUCCCUGCGCCGGAUGCAACAAACCCAUCCUGGACAAGUUCCUGCUGAAUGUCCUGGAACGCGCCUGGCACGCCUCCUGCGUCCGCUGCUGUGAAUGCCUCCAACCGCUCACCGACAAAUGCUUCAGCCGCGAAUCGAAGCUCUACUGUCGCAACGAUUUCUUCAGACGUUACGGCACCAAGUGCAGUGGGUGUGGCCAGGGUAUCGCGCCGUCGGAUCUGGUGCGAAAGCCCCGGGACAAGGUCUUCCACCUGAACUGCUUCACCUGCUGCAUCUGCCGCAAGCAACUGAGCACAGGUGAGCAGCUCUACGUGCUGGACGACAAUAAGUUCAUCUGCAAGGACGACUAUCUGCUGGGCAAGGCGCCAUCCUGCGGCCACAAUUCGCUGAGCGAUUCAUUAAUGGGCUCGGCGAGCGAAGACGAUGACGACGAUGAUCCGCCGCAUUUGCGGGCCACGGCACUCGGAUUGGGCGUACUGGGGCCCAACGGACCCGACUCAGCGGGCGGACCUCUGGGCACGUCGGAUAUAUCAGUACAAAGCAUGAGCACCGAUAGCAAAAAUACCCAUGACGAUUCCGAUCAGGGCUCCUUGGACGGGGAUCCGGAUGGACGUGGCGAUUCCCAGGCGGAGAACAAAAGUCCCGACGAUGCCAACGGAUCGAAGCGACGCGGUCCGCGCACCACCAUCAAGGCCAAACAGCUGGAGGUGCUGAAGACGGCCUUCAAUCAGACGCCGAAGCCGACACGCCACAUCAGGGAGCAACUGGCCAAGGAGACCGGGCUGCCCAUGCGCGUCAUACAGGUGUGGUUCCAAAACAAGCGGUCAAAGGAGCGUCGCAUGAAGCAAAUCACCAGCAUGGGCCGUCCGCCCUUCUUCGGCGGAGCCCGCAAAAUGCGGGGCUUCCCCAUGAACCUCUCGCCCGGCGGUCUGGACGACGGACCCGGCUUCCCCUACUUUGCGGCGGACGCCAAGUUCGAGUUCGGCUACGGCGGACCCUUCCACCCGCACGACGGACCCUACUUUCCCGGCCACCCCGGCGGACCGAUGCCCUUCAAUGCGCCAGGCGGCCCCAUGGACCACAGCGGCCCCAUUCCGAUGGUGAACGAGUUCGGACUGACGCCGGAGGCGACGUUCCUGGGGCAGGCGGGCGGUCCGCCGAUGCAGCUGCAGUCGGCCGUGGGACCGCCGCCGCCGCCGCCGCCCCCGAGCGCCGAGCACUUGAUGGCCGCAGCAGCGGCAGCGGCGCAGCAACAGGCGGCGCAACAGCAGCAGCAACAGCAGCAGAAUGCGCAACAAGCGGCGAAUCAGACGCAGCAGCAGCAACAGCAGCAACAAAAUGGCCCCCGCACCAAUUCGCCGGAGUUCAUGAGCUCGGCGAAUUUCAGCGAACCGCAGAAUAUGCAAAAUGAAGGGCUCGUUUGGUAAUAUACGAAACAGUUGGCAACGCGGCUGCUGCUCUUCGGCAGAGAGCGAGUGCGAGAGCGAGAGCGAGAGAGAGCGGCGCAGGGCGAGUAGGCUGGUGAGGGAGGGAGAUGGAGCGGCUCUCGCUGUGGUGCCGUCUCGCUCUCGCCACAGGCUAAGCCCCACCCCCUCUGCUGCGUUUUGUUUUUGUUAUACUUUUAUUAUUAUUAUUAUUAUUAUUAUUACUGUGCUAUUUUUUUUAUAUUUCAAUUCGGCGCCAAAAUAUUUGUAAAUUAUAAAACUAAACAAC